GGUUAGUUGUUUUUAAACAUAAAACGGACACGGUCGUGGUGAAACGUGUGAUUUACUUUAUUCCUUCAAAACGUUUAUCGUGAAUUUGUCAGUGUAUAAUAUAAAAUAUUGAAUGGUAUUAUAAUGCAAUGAAUUGCAAAUCACUAUCAAACUAUAAGUGCUGAAAUUAUUUGCAGUAUUGGAUAUUAAAAAUGGUUACGGUUGCGGUAGAGUUAGAAAAUGAUAGCAUCCAAGAAACGCCUACGCCGAAUAAUAAUUGUGUUUCAAAUAAACGGAACGGUCAUAAUAUAAAACUCAAGAAUAACGAUCAGAUUCCUGGCUAUUUGUCAAUUUAUACAAUAUUUCAGUUCAUUGGAAUAUUACUAAUAUUAUCCGUAUUUUUAUGGCUACAAGUUUAUCGCACUGGUUUUGGUUUUAGCGGAACAAUAAAAAUAUGCAAUUGGCAUCCUUUAUUAAUGACAAUAACGUUUGUUUAUUUAUUUGCAAACUCUAUCCUUCAUUUCAGAAAUUUCCGAAAUACUACAAAACGAAAAUUAAAAAUGCAGCAUGCAGCAAUUCAUAGUUGCAUUAUCAUCUUCGGGGUACUUGGGAUAUGGACUGGUUUAAAUUCAAAUUUAAUUGCUAAUCCACCUAUUCCAAAAUUUUACAGUUUGCACAGUUGGUUGGGAAUUAUAACUGUUAUAAUGUUUCUUUCACAGUUUAUAAGUGGAUUAAUAUCAUUUCUCUACCCUGAAAUAGCGAUGAAAUAUAAAGAAGCUGUUAUGCCUUAUCACAUUAUAUUUGGUGUAUUGACGUUUGCAUUAUCCAUUGUAACUUCAGUACUGGGAUUUAGUGAAAAAAUCAUAUUCGCAGUGAACCAGCAGCAUGGACAUUUACCGACGGAAGGCCUGUUUUUAAAUUGUGUAGGGAUAGUAUUAAUUUUUUAUGGUGCAUUGGUCGUGUAUAUAUUAGUCAAACCUAAGUAUAAAAGAUCUUCUAAGCCAGAUGACGGAGUGACACAUAAUGGGGCUACACAUUAAUUUUAAUUUUGUGAUUUUAUAUUUAAUUAAUUUUAAUGAACAUAAUAUUAAAAUCACCAACAAAAAGUCUGAUAACUACAAUAUGUUACAAAUUAUCUAUCGUUUGAUUUUGUUUAACCAAGAUAAUAUUGCCAUGUUCUUAAGCUAUGCGUUGUAUUUAAAAUAUUAUUAUGAAUUAUUUUUAUUAUACUUAUUGAUAAUCAAUCAAUCUAAA